AUGGGUGGUAAACUGGAUAGUAGGAAUCUUCUCGUGUUUUUGGCAGUGACUGCUGUAAACAGUUUACCAAUAUACAACGGAUUCAGCGUGAAAUUCACUCCCACGGUAAAUAAAGAGGAGAAACCAAAAACGUUCGGGGCGCUCUUCGCGAAAAUACCCCAAGAACUACCACGACACGAACAAGAAGCGCUAUCCCAAGCGAUAUUCUCAAACGUCGGCCUCCUAGGAUCCGGAUGCAGCAAUCAAAUAGCAAGAAUCCUGCACUCACCAAAAACAGUAGAAAAUGACGCUAAUAAUGGUACUUCAUGGACAAAAUUUAUCAACAUACCUAUUAUCAAGCAACCGAUUGAUGAUUAUAAGAUCCUAAUCGCUGCCGCUCCGCCCAGUGUUUAUAUCGAUAAGACUGACAAUAAACCCUUGCUUGUGUAUAUAGUGUUUCCCAAUGAUGAUAAGCACGACAAUUUUAAAAUUCCCAGUAUCUACUUCGUACAUGAAGCAAAAGGACAUAUUGAUGUUCAUAGAAAGAAGCUAGAUCCUGUUAUAAUAGUUGACCACAAUAGGACUGUGACGAAAUUGAAAAGUAAGGAGAUCGCCAAGUUUGUUAAAUUUAGGAGUAAAAUGAUGAAUCAUUUUAAUAGUAAGUCAAAUAAAUGA